AUGCCGCCAUGGAGAUGCAUGAAACGAGAAUUCUUAAUGAUGGCAUUAUUGAUUCUGAGACGUCGUGCUCCAGGAAAAGACAUAGAUGUCUAUUUACAACCUCUGAUCGAUGAGCUGAAAGAACUAUGGGGAAAUGGUGUACGUACUUUUGAUAUUAUUGAUAAAGAAUAUUUUACAAUGCGUGCAGCAAUAUUGUGGACGAUCCAUGAUUUUCCAGCAUAUGGUACUGUAUCUGGGUAUAGCACUCAAGGUUAUAAAGCUUGUCCUGUUUGUGAAGAUGACACAUCUUCAUUUCGAUUAAGAGGAAAAACAUGUUUCAUGGGUCAUCGUCGAUAUUUGUGUCCGAACCACCAAUGGCGCAAUGAUAUGGAGUAUGAUGGUACAAUCGAACAGCGUUCACCACCAAGAAUUUUAACAGGAGAUGAAAUCUUAGAUAAAUUAAAAGGUGUAUGGAAAUGUAGGGCAGGUAAAAAUGAUAAGAUCAUUAAGGAUGAUAAGGAACAAAUGAAGGAUGCAUGUUAUGAAAAUAACACGAACUGGAGGCGAAAAAGUAUUUUUUGGGAGUUAGAAUAUUGGCCUAAAUUAAAACUAAGACAUAAUUUGGAUGUGAUGCAUAUUGAGAAAAAUAUAUGUGAUAGUGUAGUUGGUACAAUAUUUAGUAUUGAUGGGAAGUCUAAAGAUACUGAAAAGGCAAGACUUGAUUUACAAGAUUUAAAUAUUCGUAAGCAGCUACACAUGAAAAAUAAGGGGAACAAAUGGUUCAAACCAGUAGCAUGCUAUACAUUAUCAGCGAAGGAACGACAAGAAUUUUGUACGUUCAUAAAGUCCGUAAAAUUUCCUGAUGGAUAUGCUGCAAAUAUUUCUCGGAAUGUUAACAUGAAAGAUGGAAAGUUAUUUGGGUUGAAAAGUCAUGAUUGUCAUAUUUUAUUACAGAGGACAUUAUAUGUGAAAGACUUAGACGAAUUGGAAAAGGGUGUUGUACUCACACUGUGUAAAUUAGAAAGUAUCUUUCCUCCUGCCUUCUUUGAUGUGAUGAUUCAUCUUAUGGUUCACUUUCCAUUAGAAGCUAAGUUAGGUGGUCCAGUACAAAUACGAUGGAUGUAUUCAAUCGAAAGAGAACAUAGAUUAUUCUUACAAUCUCAAGGAAUUCUGGAUAUCAAUCAAAUGCAAAAAAAUGAAUUUUCAACAUGGUUUGAAAAUAAAAUAAAAAAAAUGAAUGAAACAAUAUAUGUUAAAGCACAGGAAGAUUUGUAUGCAAUUGCAAUGCAACCAAAAUAUGAUGGAAAUAUAUGUGAUUUUUAUGUUGUCAUCAAUGAAAUUUGGGAAGUACAUUAUCUCCAUUUGAACAAAGUUAUAUUGUUCAAAUGCUCUUGGCACAAUACCAAUGGAAGUGAUAGAAUGUACUCUGAAUAUAACUUUACUAGUAUCAACAUCAACUCAGAAUGGUUUGAAGAUGAACCAUUUGUUCUUGCCAAUCAAGUAAGUUUGGUUUUUUAUUUGGAUGACAUUAAAAAAAGUAAAGAUAAUAAAGAUUGGAAAGUGGUACAAAAAGUAAAUCAUCAUCACAUCUGGGAUAUACCAUCAAAGCCAAUGGAUGGUGAAGUUGAUGAUGAAGAUCCAACUAUCAACAGUUCUGAAGCAUAUCAAGAAGAAUCUUCGAAUGACAUUGGCAUGAAUUUUGAUUCAACGACAAAUGAUACUAAUCUUAUUCGGGAUGAUAUUGAAGAUAUAGAAUGUGAUAAUCAUCAAUUGUUAAAUGAACUUCAAAUAAAUCAUAAUGAUCAAGUUCAAAGUGAUAUAAACAGUGACGAUACCGAUGAAUAA